GCGAGGAGAGAGGACGGUCAUCACAGCAUCCUUCAUCCUUGCUGCAUUUCCAACGUCGCUAUCUACGAACAUAUUUUCCGCAUUUUAUCAGAUAUAAAGAUGGAUACCUCUGGAAAAGAAAAGGAGGCCAUGCAACUCAUGGCUGAAGCCGAUAAAAAAGUAAAGUCAUCUGGUUCAUUCCUGGGAGGAAUGUUUGGGGGAAACCAUAAGGUUGAAGAUGCAUGCGAAAUGUAUGCUAGAGCAGCCAACAUGUUCAAAAUGGCCAAAAACUGGACUGCUGCAGGGAGCGCUUUCUGUCAGGCCGCACGCCUUCAUAUGCAAAUGCAGAACAAGCUCGACUCGGCCACCAGUUUUGUUGAUGCUGGCAACGCUUACAAAAAAUCUGACCCGCAAGAGGCUAUCAACUGUUUAAAUCAAGCCAUCGAUAUUUAUACAGAUAUGGGCCGAUUUACGAUUGCUGCCAAGCACCACAUGACUAUUGCAGAGAUAUACGAGGCUGAGCUUGUAGACAUUGAGAAGGCAAUUGCACAUUAUGAGCAGGCGGCAGACUAUUACAAGGGGGAAGAGUCUAACAGCUCUGCCAACAAGUGUCUACUGAAAGUUUCGCUGUAUUCUGCCCAACUUGAGCAGUACCCCAAAGCCAUUGAAAUAUAUGAGCAGGUUGCAACCAACACAAUGGACAACCCAUUACUGAAGUAUAAUGCCAAGGAGUACUUCUUCAAGGCUGCUCUGUGUCACUUCAUUGUUGAUGAAUUAAAUGCAAAGCUUGCUAUUGAAAGGUAUGAAGGGAUGUUCCCAGCGUUCGCUGACUCCAGAGAAUGCAAGCUUUUGAAGAAACUCUUCGAUGCUCAUGAAGAGCAAAACGCUGAAGCUUUCACCGAGGCUGUUAAGGACUAUGACUCCAUCUCUCGUAUUGACCAGUGGCUGACCACUAUGCUACUGCGUAUCAAGAAGACCAUUCAGGGAGAUGCUGGUGACCUGAAGUGAAGCGCCAUACACAUUGCACAGUGCCAUUUCCACAAACUCAUCAUGUUGUUUACGUGUGGCGAUCCUCAAUGCUAAUCAAAUAAGAAUUUUGUGGAUGACUGUGUUUCAGGAUUACUCAGCAUCGUAGCUGGUUAAUGCUGAAACAGACAAGCAUCUAUACUUUGAGAAUAUCCAUUGUCAGUAGCCUAGAGGUAAAGCCAUGAUCCUCAAUUGUUAUAGUUUGCACAGCUAGUGUUGUUCUCGGUACCCUCAUCCAUCUAAGGGAUGCAUUUAACCUUUAAAAUCUUGGGACCUUUUUGCCGUUAUCACUGUUAUUGCUGUGUAAUAACUGUUACCAAUGGUCAUAAGUGUCAUGUACUCAAUAAAGUCUUGCAUGGUGUGCAUUUGUCUUUUAAAAUGUUAACUAAAAGAUUCUAUGUGUCUAAUGUAACUUCUAAGUCGCCUUUAUUUUCAUUUUCUCUUGUUGUGCCAUUUUAAUUUAUUUCGUGCCCUUACUGCAUCACGGGUUCAUAUAUCUAUGGGGAAAACAAAUGCUGUAAAGAAAUAGCUUCCUAGUUGUCUUAAAUGUUUGCAUUCACUGUUUAAAUGAGAUGACAGGUUAACAAUUCAAAUGUUUUAUUUUGGUGAAAUAAUGAAACUUCUUUAGUGAAGUGACUUUUAGUGAUUUAGUGACGUGUCAGUCACAGGGCAUGCUUGUGCAAUAUAUCCAUUCUUAUUGAGAUCAUAUAACAGAUACACACUGUAUGUAAUACUUAACAUUUAAUAACUUCCUCUAUUUUUCUGUUCUCCUCUAAUAUUUUUGUCUUUAUUUAUGAUCUAUAAGAGUGGUUGUGUUGUUAAUCAAGAUUAUGAAUGAAAUAUUCGUAUUGGUUUGCAAUCAGUAGCGUGAUCAAUGAAUACCCCCAUACUCUUGUAGCGCUCAUCCUCUGUGGAUCCCCUUGUGAUUGACUUCCAAAUCUUACAAGUUUUUAUCCAUGUUAAAAUGAAGUAGGUAAUCCCUUAAGAGAUAUCACCAGAGAGUUGACUAGAGCCCUGAUCAUAAGUGUGUCAGUUGUGAGAAAAUCUAUGUAUUGUUAACAUUUGAAGGUUGCGGAACUCAAAGCAUAUCAGAUCUGACAUUUCAGCAUCUCCUCUUGAAGUAGUCUUGGCUACUGUUAUGAAGUAUUCAAACGUGUUCCAUGAUUGUAUGAUGUGAUGAACAGAAUAAAUGAGAAUAAAACUCUA